AUGGCGGGCGAUAUCAUCACGAACGUGGACAUUGUUGCUAUCCCUGCGAUAGGGGCCGAUCGCGGAGGUGCAUGGACUGGAGAAGACACGCAAUCGCCUUGGUUGACGACAGAACUUCGCAGGUUCAUCCCGAAUGCGCGCGUGUUACUUCUCGAUCAUGGAGAACUAGGUGUAGAGGAUACACUUGAUUCGCUAGCGACAAGGCUGCUUAAUAAAUUGCAAGAAGCCAGGAAGUCAACGAGCCGCAGGCGACCUAUCUUCUUCAUCUGCCACAGCACCGGCGGAGUUGUAGCAACAGCAGCGCUUGUCAAAGCUAGUCGGUCACCCUCGCCGCUCGAUUCAGUUUUUUCAAGCUGUUAUGGGAUCGCAUUUUUUGGAACGCCUCAUUAUGGCUCAAGCUACCUCUCUGCGCCCGAGUUUGGUAGGAGUAUCCACCGUCUAUUACGUCUCAAACAUACUAUACCGACGGGGUUACGUGAGACUUUCAAGCCACGACAUGAGCAGUUGCAGCGCCUUGCUGGACAGUUUAGGGCGAUCUCAGCGGACAUGAAAAUAUGGACCUUCUUGGAGACCGUCGACUCGGUCUUCACGAUAACCGAUACCGAGACUGGAAGCACGAUUGACAUGCACGUUCCCAUCACCUCCAUUCGGUCAGGCCUAUUAGGGUUUGAACAUGAGAGCGAGCUGCCUCUCGCCACCGACCAUGUCGGCACAGCAUCAUUCAAAGGUCAAGAAGCCACGGCCAGAAUGGAUUUUAUCAGGGACCUUCAGUCAAGCAUCUCUACGGCACUAGAACUGUCUAUCAUGUCUGACGUCCCGCUACAGGUUGAGCAGGAGGUCAUGGUUCAUGUGAAUGGAUUUUUCGAAGACACCGCAAGAGGUGUCAGCAGGGAGUCUCCCCUACAACUAUGGUCGACAAAAACCCCUCUCGAGCAAUUCUUGGAGACUGGACCUACAAAAUGUCUUGAAGAACGACUAAAGACAUCCACUAGACUAUCCUCUGGGACUCUAGACUCCGAUACAAGUGAUUUCAGCAGGCCUACAAGCGCUCCUGCUGAACUGUCGCAAAUUGACUCUCGUUUGCGGGAUCCAGAUAUAAUUUCGCUAGAGGUCGUCCCUUCGAGACCCUCAGUGAAGAGGAGUAGAAGUUUUCUCGCCCAGCACCCAUCCCAACAGCAGCCCUCUCCCAGGAUUCAUGUCACCGAGCCACCUAUCGAAGGGUAUUUUGAUAUCCAGUCAGAGGGCUCAGCAUCUGAACGGCGUAUUUCUCAUGAAGAUUCCGGUGAUGAAGGUACCGAGAACGACGAGAUUGAGGCGUCAGACAAUCUGGGCACUAUUAGCCCUAGCCAGAGAAACCUUUUAUCUAGUCUCUCGUCAAGAUACCGAGAGUUUCUCAAUGUGCCAUUUAUGGAGCGCACACCUGAGGAGCGGCCUCGGAUGAUCCCCAGGUUCGAUAGACCGGAACCAGGAACCGAGAAAAUGAUAUGGGUCCAUGUCCCGUACACGCAUACCGACUGGGUGCCUGCAGUUCUGUCGAAGACAUGCAAGGGCAAGACAAAACAGAACCUGUUCAGAAAACUUGUUAAUCCUGAUAACUGGUACUCGAACCUCAUCACAGCUCGCCAUUUGGAGCCACAUGCGCGCUAUGUACGCCCCGCUUGCAUCCAUUUUAAGCUGGAUUCCCCACCUAUCAAGGCUUCAGAGCCUCAUGAUCCUCAAUUAGCGCUCUAUCUUCAUUGGGAUACAUACUGGAACCUCCUACAACGACGGCGUGUCAUAGAAGAACGGUUACGGCAAGGAAGAUCUCGACCAGUACCAGACGACAUAUCCCGUUCUAGCCUCGAAUCCAAGUUGAUAUGGAAAUACCUAGGCAACGAACCCCCAAUUCAUAUCCGCCGAACACUAGAUCAGUUUGGAUAUCCUAAUUUGCGCUCAACAGUAGCGCGAGACGACGAUCAGAUGCUCUGGAAACGGACUAGGAAAGCAAUUAAUCUUGUUGAUGAGCUUGGUAAUUCACUCCCGCUGCACGACAGAUCUGAUCUCCAGAGCUCCGUGUUCGUGGACGGGAAAGUGCUUAUGGUCGACCAGCUGUGGCUCUGGAUCGUGGACCAGAAAACGGUGGUUACUUUCUUCCCUAAGCAGGAGCCGACGACAGUGGAGGGAAAGUUUUACGAACAGACAAAUCUGUUUAACAGCAUCUACAAUGAACUCAACGGGGAUCUUGCAAGGCGUUUUGAGACGGCCGGUGAUCUUGCAGCACUGAUUGUGCUGCACGCUGUGACGGUCCUCUUCGAUAGGACAUUACAUAGUGAUCUCCAGAUUCUUCGUAUCUUCGAAGAGUCAAUUAGUAUCCUGACCGAACUAACGACCAAAUCUUUCAAACAAUUUCGCAAUCGAGGCUUUGUAACAAGACCCGCAGAGUACAACAAGACACGUGAAGGACGGAUCAUGACAGCCGCUGAGCGCGAAGAACGUGAUCGCGAAGUAGCUCAACAGAACCGUAACGAUCUCUCCUCGAUGCUGGAGCUGAGGGAUAUAGUGGACGAGCUGGGAACAAUCAUGAAGCUGCUCGAACAGCAAACGAGCACAAUAAAUGACAUGGCUAAGUAUUUUGAACACAGAGGAUACGGGAAGCGCUUUAUCCUCGCCUCACUGGCGAGAUUGGAUGAAUAUCGCACUCACAUUUCGGAGAUGAGGGAAAAUGCUAUUGCCGCGCAGAAGGCUGUAGAGAACUUGCUUGACCUGAAGCAGAAGCAGGCUAAUGUCGAUGAAUCCAGGCUGGCUCGGUGGGAAGCGGAAGUGACGCAGAGUCAGUCCCGAGCCGUAAUGGUCUUUACAAUUUUCACAGUCAUCUUCCUCCCCCUCUCUUUCUUCACCUCUCUCUUUGGCAUCAACGCUCGAGAAUGGAGCGGCGAGCCUACGAACCUCACCCUCCAAACAAUGCUUAUCAUAGCUGGCCCAACAUCCAUAGCCGUCAUAGUCUCCGCCCUCCUCAUAGCCUUCAGCGAGCGGCUUCGUGACACACUCCUAAAGUUCCAGAAAAUCAUAUUCGGCCUCUGCAAGGACCUUAUCUUCACACCUCUAGCUGCAUUUUUCCACCAGACCUAUCAGCGUGACCAGAAAUCGCCCCGGCGAUCAAAAUCCUCCCUGGCGUCCACAACAAAGACUAGUAAGACCUCGCGGAUCGGCGAUCGAUUUGGUCGGUAUCUUGCCUCUUGGCGAUAUAGAGGUGACACGGAGGAAGACUUCUGGAGAAGGGAUGAUGAGCGUGAGAAGGGUGGGUAUAGUAGUAGCGCUACGGCUAGCAAUCUGAAUGGGGCUGGGUAUGUUGCAAGAAGGACGGAGGGAACUGGAGAGGGGAUGACGUUGCCGUCUGUCCUGGUCUCGGAGGCAAGUGGCCAUGCUGCUAGUAACGGGCAUGGGGGUUAUGUAGAUAGGAUGAGGGGUCCGUUGGAUGGAAUGGUGAGGGAGAGACAUCCUGCAUAG